CAUGGAUCUGCAAACCUCAGUUUUUCUUCUGUUCGUUCUCUUCACUGCAGGACACUCUCUCAGCUGUUAUGAGUGUAUUAGUCUGACGGGUUCUUGUGCGGAUCAACAGGAAAAACCAUGUCCCAGUGGAGCUUCCAAGUGCAUGAGUAUAACAUCAGUGUCAAAAGUUGGUGACAUCAGUAUUAAUGAGAAGAUAAAAGGUUGUGCUGCUGACUGUGCAAGUGGGUCCAUGAACCUCGGCAUUGUAAGGACAUCUUCAGCGUGCUGUAACACAGACCGGUGUAACGUCCAAGACGCUCCAGAUCCCAGUACUAAUGUCCCUAAUGGAAAGAAAUGUUAUUACUGUGAUGGGAAGAGCUGCUCAAACACAGUGAGCUGUUCAGGGAGUGAAGACCGCUGCAUUACAGCAACAGAGAGUUCUGGAGGCCAGACAGUGGUUGUAAAAGGCUGUGUCUCUAAAUCUUUGUGUGGUACCACAACAUCGGUUAGAGAUGUCCGGAGCGAAUCGUGUUGUGAGGGGAACCUGUGUAACAGUGCUAAGAGCGUCACUCAGAGCUUCCUGUUCCUCUGCUGUUCUCUGCUCUCCUUCAUCCUGCUGCACUGAAUCCAGCAGCUCUUCACUUUCUACAAUGUGACACACUGUAUUGAAUAUAGAGCUGAUAUUUUCCAUGUACCAUGCAUUUUUGGUGUCCUAAUCAGAUUUUUUUUGCUGUGACAUUCUGAU